AUCGCAGUUCUCCACAUGUUGUAGAGACUUAUGAUUGGUUAAUAAAUCGAUUUGUUCUUCUCGAGCUGACAAGUCGUAUUCGUAUUGGAAAAUGUGAAUAGUAUUUAGGGUUGUUUAGCAAGUGAACCUGUGAUAAUAAUAUGUACUGGAAUUAAAAAUUUCUAAUAAAAUAAUAUAGUGCUAAUAUUAGUCAAAAUGUACAUUAAACUUAUUCAGUUAUUCUUAUUAAUAAGUGUCAUUUGUACUGCUGCAGUGUCAGCAGGUAGAGAUUUUUAUAAAAUAUUAGGUAUAUCAAAAUCUGCUAGUUUACAUGAUAUUAAAAAAGCAUAUAGGAAAUUAGCCAAAGAGCUUCAUCCGGAUAAAAAUAAGGAUGACCCGAAUGCUUCACAGAAAUUCCAUGACAUAGGUGCAGCUUAUGAGGUUCUCUCAGACGAAGAAAAAAGAAAGAAGUAUGAUAGAUGUGGAGAGGACUGUUUACAGAAGGAUGGAAUGAUGGAUGGAGGUAUGGAUCCAUUCGCGAGUUUCUUUGGAGACUUUGGCUUCCACUUUGGAGGCAAUUCUCAAAAACAUGAAACUCCGAGAGGAGCAGAUUUAGUUAUGGAUGUGUUUGUUACAUUAGAAGAUCUUUAUACUGGCACAUUUAUUGAAAUUACAAGAAACAAACCAGUAUUAAAACCAACAAAAGGCACUCGUAAAUGUAAUUGCAGACAAGAAAUGAUUACUAAAAGUUUGGGACCGGGUAGAUUCCAGAUGAUACAACAAAAUGUGUGUGACGAAUGCCCAAACGUAAAAUUAGUUAAUGAGGAAAAGUUGUUGGAAAUGGAAGUUGAACCUGCUAUGGUCGACGGACAAGAAACCAAAUUUGUAGCUGAAGGAGAACCACAUUUGGAUGGAGAACCAGGAGAUCUUAUUUUGAAAAUCAAAACACAGCCACACCAAAUGUUUGAAAGGAGGGAAGACGAUUUAUACACAAAUGUUACAAUAAGUUUACAGGAUGCUUUAACUGGUUUUACAAUGGAAAUAACGCAUUUGGAUGGUCAUAAAGUUAGUGUAGUUAGAGAUAAAAUAACUUGGCCAGGUGCACGUAUUCGUAAGAAGGGUGAAGGUAUGCCAAAUUAUGAGAACAAUAAUUUACAUGGUACCCUUUACAUAACAUUCGACGUAGAAUUUCCUAAACAAGAAUUAACUGCCGAGGACAAAGAAGCUCUUAGAAAAAUCUUGAACCAAAGCUCAAACAACAAAGUGUAUAAUGGACUUAGAGGUUAUUAAAUAUACAUCCCAUUUUUUCGGGACUUUUCCUUUUUUAAGUGUAGUCCGUUUUUAUGACUUAAUUUAUUCUGUUCCUAUUUAUUUGGAUAAAGUGUAACUUUUGUAUGUAACACAAAUAUUUCAAAACAAAAAUUUUGUAAAUUUGUGGACAAUGUUAUUGGAAUGGCGUUCUUCUAAAAUUGAGUAUCUGCUAUGUUUAUUAGUAUAGCAUUAUUAUACUUACAUUUUUAGAUGAACACUAUUCGAUUGGUCGAUGAAUCCCAAACAUAUUUGUAAAUAUUUCGAUUAUCAUUUGUACAUUGAUGAAAGUGUAUAUGGAAAUACAUUUUGUAAUAUAUAUUAGUUCAAA